AUGAACCAGACCGUAGACACAAGGGAGGACCCUCUUAAUCUGGGUGGCGGCUGGGCGUCCUCGGUCCCGUUACGCAACUGGUCCUCAUCCCACCGAAGGCGCAGGAGCGCGUCGAUUUACAAGCGGCGAUACCGUUAUGGCCCCAAGGCCGAAUAUGAGCCCCCGAGGAAACAGCCGAAGCAACAGCACGGCCCAGACCCUUGGGGCUACCCUCCUCGACAGCCCUAUAGGGCCGUGUACUCCAACCGGGGGCGUUGGGGAGGUCCCUGGCAUCCACCCCCAGCGGAAUUCUGGAAGGCCCCCGGUCGGGUGCAAAUGAUCCGGGUGUACGGCCUGCAGCCAAUCUGCCUUUGCUGCUGCUCCUGUUGGCACGGACCCCGGAACCCCAGCUGGAUAAGGCCCUCUGGCAGGAAGAGGCGAUGGGGCCGCAGGGGCCGCGGCCUGCGCCGCCCCCCUCGCCGCUCCUUCCCGAGGAGCCCGCCGGUGGAUCUAAGCAUGCUGCUGCGGCCAGUCAACCUGUAUGGGUGGCGGGCGCCCGGCAUGCGCGCGCCGCGUAACACCACCCAGUUCAUCAUGAACCAGAUCUACGAGGACAUGCGGCAGCAGGAGAAGCUGGAGCGCCAGCAGGAGGCGCUGCGGGCACAGCAGGUUCAGGCGGGCGGCCCGGCCUCCCCAGCGGCCUCCUCUGCAGGAGAUGCGCCACCCAGAGGCGGCGAGGAAGACGCAGAGCUGCAGGAAAUUUUGUACGGCUUUGUGCAGAAUCCCUCUCUAGUGUUCAGACCUGCCCCCACGGAGGAAAACCGGUCUCCCACUCCGCAGCAGGUGGAGGAAGAGGAAGAAGAGAAAAACGAUAAUGAGGAGUGUGAGGAAGAAGUGUGUGAUGAGGACAGUGAGGAGGAGGAUGAAGAGGUGGAGGGUGAGGAGGGCGAGGAUGAAGAGGAGGAGGCCGAGGAUGAAGAGGAGGAGGCCGAUGGUGGAGAGGAGGAGGCUGAUGGUGAAGAGGUGGAAGAAGCUGACUAUGAGGAAGAGGAGGGGGAGGAAGAGGAAGAUAUAGAAGAAGAGGAGAGGAUGGAGGAGGAUGACCAGAGAGAGGAAGAGAACCAUUUGCCUCUGGAAAUGCCUUUAUCAAUUCUAGUAGGGUCUGAAGAAGAAGGAGAGAACUUUAUAAAUUGUAAUUAUUUCAGCCCAAAGCAGAUGAACCCCGAAGUGCCACAGGAAACCCUCUUCAUGGUACAGGACAUUAACUAUUAGACACCAGGAAAGGGAUUGAGGAGUGAAAUGAGACUGAAUUGAGGCUAAAAUGGAUUAGCAAUUUAUUAAAAACUAAAUGCAAAAGUGAGUUCCAUUAAUAAACAUACGUAAGCCCCUUCUUUGGCUAUUAUAAAUUGUUCGAAAAUUGAUGUGUUUCGUUUAUCACCAUGGGUGGCGGAGGGGUUUAUAUUAAAUAUAAUUAAAUUGGAAAUGAUUAAAGGCCAACUAUUUUAUUACUAAAUACAGUUUCAAUAUUUCUUUUUGGUAUUUUCCACUCUAUAGACACUUGAGGUUUUUGUUUUGUUUUGUUUUGUUUUUAAUUCUGGCAAUGCUGCAAAAAAAAAAAAAAAUUUGUAACAAAGGUAUACCUUAUCUACUUAUUGUGCUUGGAAUCAACAGAUCUUUUGACUGCCAAAUGCUUCAGAAACACAUGAAAUGGCCCUUGAAUGUCCUCCAGUGCUCUUGACGUUCUAGCUGAAGCCAUUUGAAAAUGCCUGUUUUUUUAUUUUUUAAUAUAUUUUUCCUUAUAGGUUUUGCACCUUCAGAGUUCAUUUUUGAGGGUUGUGUUUGGUAACCGCAUUUGCAAUCUCUUGUAGCAUUGCUCAUUUAUAUUCCUUGUUCCACAGUGCUAUGGAUCUUCCUCAGAAGAACAGGAAGUUGCUUCUGUGGAACUGGUUAUCUGCC